AUGAAUAUGGAGCAUAUUUUUCACAUGGUGGGAGGUGCUGGAGAGAACAGCUAUGCUAACAACUCCAGGCUUCAAGGGAAGGCAAUCUUGAAGACAAAGCCAUUCGUGGAAGAAGCCAUAAAAGAAAUAUUGAAAAGCCUCCCAGAAAAAAUUGUUGUUGCUGACUUGGGAUGCUCCUCUGGUCCUAACGCAUUACGUAUGCUCUCUGAAGUCAUCAAUUUUGUUGAUCAGCAUUGCCGUCAGUUAAGCCAACAGAAACCUGAGAUCCAAUUCUUUCUGAAUGAUCUUCCUAGCAAUGACUUUAACAAUCUUUUCCAAUUAUCAAUGCUCUAUGAGCAGAAGAUUAGAGAAGAGAAAGGGGAUGACUAUGUGCCAUUCUAUGUUGUCGGAUUACCAGGUUCAUUCUAUGGGAGGUUAUUUCCUUCAAAGAGCGUGCAUUUUUUUCACUCCUCCUAUUGCCUCAUGUGGCUAUCUCAGGUACCAAAAGGGCUCGAGGGAGAAAAAGGUUAUCAAUUAAAUGGCACAGACAUUUAUAUCAGUAAAGAAAGCUCUUCUAUAGUAUCUCAGUUGUAUUUAGAACAUUUCGAAAGUGAUUUCUUAGAAUUCCUUAAAUCACGUUCAAAUCUCAUUUAUUUUUGGGGACUUCUUGCAGAUGCUCUAAAGGAAUUAGUUUCUGAGGGGCUUGUGGAAGUGGAUAAAUUGAAUGCCUUUAACUUACCAUUUUAUACACCAUUAAUGGAGGAGGUGAAAUCUACAAUCAAUAUGGAAGGAUCAUUUCAUCUUGACCAACUACAAACUUUUGAGUCAAAUUGGGAUCCUUUUGAUGAAUCAAAUGAUAAUUUUGUGGUGGAUAAAAGUUUAAGUGGAAAAAAUGUAGCAAAAUACACGAGAGCUAUUUUGGAGCCUCUACUUGCAUCUCAUUUUGGAAAUGACAUUAUGGAGGAUUUAUUCUCGCGUUAUGCAAAGAAUAUUGCAAGGCACAUGUCUGCUGGGAAGCCAAAGUUUUUGGUUUUCGUUCUUUUUUUGAGGUUAAAAGAUGAAUAG